AUGCGCCGCUGGCGCGAGAAGAUCCGCUCCUCCACGCCGCUCCACGUCGUGGGGCUCACCGAGAUCUUCGCCAUCUGCGGCCUCGUCGCCUCGCUCAUCUACCUCCUCAGCUUCUUCGGCAUCGCCUUCGUCCAGUCCGUCGUCUCCAACAGCGACGACGAGGACGAGGACUUCCUCAUCGCCUCCGCCCAGCCCAAGCCCGCCCCCGCCCCCGCGGUUCCCGCGCAAUCAACGAGGUUUGGAAGGCUGCAGGGGGUCAAAUGCGCGUUGGCAGGGAGGAACCUGUACAUGAGGUUCACCUGCAGCACUGGUGAUGCGAUGGGGAUGAACAUGAUCUCCAAGGGCGUGCAACAUGUGCUGGACUAUCUAGAGGAGGAUUUCCCUGAUAUGGAUGUCGUCAGCAUCUCAGGCAAUUUUUGUUCUGACAAGAAAUCAGCUGCUGUAAAUUGGAUUGAGGGGCGUGGUAAGUCUGUGGUUUGCGAGGCAAUAAUCAGAGAGGACGUUGUGGAGAAGGUUCUCAAGACCAACGUUCAGUCACUCGUCGAGUUGAAUGUGAUCAAGAACCUUGCUGGUUCAGCUGUUGCUGGAGCUCUUGGGGGUUUCAAUGCCCACGCAAGCAACAUUGUAUCAGCUAUCUUCAUUGCCACUGGUCAGGAUCCUGCACAAAAUGUUGAGAGCUCACAGUGUAUCACGAUGUUGGAAGCUGUAAAUGGUGGCAGAGACCUUCACAUCUCCGUUACUAUGCCAUCCAUUGAGGUGGGCACAGUUGGUGGAGGCACGCAGCUGGCCUCACAGUCGGCCUGCUUGGACCUACUGGGCGUCAAAGGCGCCAACAGGGAAUCCCCGGGAUCGAAUGCUAGGCUGCUCGCCACGGUGGUGGCUGGUGCGGUCCUGGCUGGCGAGCUGUCCCUCAUCUCUGCUCAGGCAGCCGGCCAUCUGGUCCAGAGCCACAUGAAAUACAACAGAUCCAGGAAGGAUAUGUCCAAUUCCGCCGCUUGCUGA